AUGAAAGGGCUAAUACCUCCCGUCCUCAACGAGCCUGCGAUUUCAUCAGCAAUGUUCAAACAGGAAAUAACCCAGCUGCACAGGGCCAUCCACACCAUCCUUGCAAGACAAAGGGUCAUGCUCCAAGGCAUUGCCAUGAGUCCCACACCAACAAUCCCCCAGUACACUNACAAAGGCUCAAACAGACAUUUGAUCGAACACCUGAAAAGCACUAUUUUCCUUGUGAAUUAUGAGAUCUCCCAAUCAUCUGCCCGCCUUCACGGAUCAUCAAAAGAUGAAAACUUUUGGGUUGGUUUUCGAUGA